UAUCCAUCCCAUCCACACAAGGGAACCCUAACGAAGACCAGAACCAAAAUCCGGUACGGCGCGUGGAAUCGGAUCGAAGCUCGGAGGAAGAUGAAGGUCCGUGCGUCGGUGAAGCGGCUGUGCAGCUUCUGCAAGGUGGUGAAGCGCCGUGGCAUCGUCUUCAUCCACUGCAAAUCCAACCUCAAGCACAAGCAGCGCCAGGGCUUCUCCACCAUCGCCGCCUGCCUGCCCCCGCCGCCGCCGCCGCCCACCGGCACCUCCGCCUCAGCUGUCGCGUUUGCCGAGGCCUCCAAGGUGGCCAGGCAGGAGUCGUCAAUGAAGUUUAACUGGCCACUGGGUCUAGCUGCAUUGCUGAAGAAUGGUGAUAAGUAAUCAGCUGAUGCAUAUUAAGCUAGUUGGAUAUCAAGUGGAGUUUCCAGUUGAGGAACUCCUGUAUAACUAAAAUAUCAAGUCGAUAUCAUUGUGUAUCCUAUAUCAUUAGUUAAACUGUUGAGCUGUUUGGGUGGAAUAAUAUUGGCACACACUAUUACUUUGUUGCCUUGAAAUCUUUUAUUCAAAUAGAUCUGCUUUGGCUUAACUUGCAGAGCCAUGCUCA